AUGCUCACCGAUAUGAUGCACCACGGGCGUGAACCACACGAGAUAAACGAGAUCUUGGCCCUCUUGCUCUACUGCAUCCACCGCACACUCCCCGACCCGCCCGUCUCCGCCGUCGCUCGCCUCUCCGCCCUCCCCUCCGAUGACCCCAUCGACCGCGUCAGCCGCCUCCCCGACGUGAUACUCCGUCGCAUCGUCUCCCUCCUGCCCAUCAAGGACGCCGCGCGCACCGCCCUGCUCUCCCGCUGCUGGCGCGGGGUCUGGCGUUCCAUCUCGCUCGUCCUCACCGACACGGACCUCUCCCCAUCCCCGGCAGCCUCCGCCCUGUCCCGCGUCCUCGAGGCGCACCCAGGGCCCUUCCGUGCGUCCACCUCACCAGCAGCUACACGGAGGAGUCCAGCCACCUGCUCACGCCCUGGCUCCAGCUCCUCGCCGCCAAGGGGGUAUAGGAGCUCAUCCUCGUCAACCGCCAAGGAGGAGAUCUUCGUGGUGAACGCCCCACGCCUUCAGCGCCUAAUCAAUUUGGAGGGUUGGACCCCCGACACGGGCUGCACCAAGGUCAGGAUCGGCCAUGCCCCUAAGCUGCAAUUGCUGGCCUACUUGCAGUUGGACACAGGGAAUCACGUCUUCAAUGUCGGCAACACCAUCAUCAAGGCUGGGACAAGAGUGAGCCCAAGAACCAUGGUACCAAGUGUGAUAGUCCUGGCUCUGGAGGUGCGUUUCGAUGUACGCAAUGAUGCCAAGAUGAUUCCGAGUGUCCUCGGAUGCUUUCGUAAUGUCGAGACGCUCCACAUCAAGUGUGGAAAAUCUGAUCAAUCCACUGGCAAGCUCAACCUAAAGUCCUGGCAUGACUCUGGUACCGCAGAAUGCAUCCAGUCGUGCAUCAAGGAGCUGAUCUUCCAUGAUUUCCGAGGGGGUCGAAGUGAGCUCGCCUUCCUCAAAUAUUUUGUCGAGAGUGCAUCGGUGCUCAAGCAGGUGUUGCUUCUAUUGUCUGCUGGCUGCACCGUGUAG